UAAUUUAAAAAUAAUCAUCCAAAGUCGUCUCUUUACUCUCUUAACUCACAACACUUUAGUAGUUAAAACUCAUUCCGGUUCUCCUGUUGCACCCCAAAUGAAAUAACACGCACUUUCUCCCCUUGUCUAACUGUCUUCUCUCUCUUUCUCCCCCACACCCCCCCAAUCAUACUCAUUCGUACCCACAUUUCUAAAAUCCACCUCUCCCAAAAUGCUAAAACUCCUCAACAAAAACCUCCGCCUACUCUACAACCGACUCCGAUGGAACUAUCACCGUCAUUCCAAACCCAAAAUCGUCGUUAAAAAGUUCCGAAAACGGGCUUCGAAAACCCACCAGUUCGACCCGGAAACCAACCAAUACCACCAUGAUCAUCCCUCUCAACAAAAACCUCAAAACCCGAAAAACGCCGCCGUUUACCCCAACACUCAAUUAGGUGCCCAACUACCAAUCCGCAUUGCUACAUUCAAUGCUGCCCUGUUUUCCAUGGCACCUGCAGUUGUACCUAACUCCAAUAAUUUCCCUACCAAUGAUUACAAUCCCAAUAAUAUUUCGAGGUUUUCGAGAAGAGUUGAAGAGAAUGUUAAAGUCAGAGUUAUUAAUAAUGAUCGCCCCAAAGGCAUACUUAAACAAUCUCCUCUGCAUCCUGCCAGCGUGAAUUUAAAAAGUAAUACUAAUAAUGAGGAUUCAUUGAUUAGGCAGCAGCAAAAGUUUGCGAAAUCAAAGUUAAGGGUGUCAAUUAAUUUGCCGGAUAAUGAGAUAUCACUUGGAAGAAGUAGAAGGAUUGGGUUUGUAGACGAGUCGAAAACACCGAGCAGAUGUUUAUCUGAAAGGAAUAUUUGGAUGAAUGACAAUCAUGAUGAAGGAGAGAGAUUAUUGAGGAGUAAAAGAGCAGUUGUUGAUGUGUUAAGAGAAUUGGAUGCAGAUAUACUUGCUUUACAAGAUGUUAAAGCAGAGGAGGAGAAACAAAUGAAGCCUUUGUCUGAUUUAGCUGCUGCUUUGGGAAUGAAUUAUGUUUUUGCUGAGAGUUGGGCACCUGAGUAUGGAAAUGCUGUGCUCUCUAAAUGGCCUAUUAAGAAUUCUAAAGUUCAGAAAAUUUUUGAUCACACUGAUUUCAGGAAUGUGCUAAAGACAACAAUUGAUGUACCUCAAGUAGGGGAAAUGAAUUUCUACUGCACUCAUCUUGAUCAUUUAGAUGAAAAAUGGAGAAUGAACCAGAUUAACGCUAUAAUCGAGUCUAAUAAUGAACCUCAUAUUUUAGCUGGAGGUCUUAAUUCCCUUGACGAAUGUGAUUACUCACAAGAGAGAUGGACAGACAUUGUUAAGUACUAUGAAGACAUUGGAAAGCCUACACCAAAAGUAGAGGUGAUGAAUUAUUUGAAGGACAAGCAGUACACAGAUGCUAAGGACUUUGCAGGGGAAUGCGAAUCAGUAGUCAUGAUCGCCAAAGGCCAAAGUGUACAAGGUACCUGUAAAUAUGGAACUCGACUCGACUACAUAUUGGCAUCCCCAGAGCUCGAAUACCAAUUCGUCCCCGGGUCAUAUGCAGUUUUAUCAUCCAAGGGAACAUCUGAUCAUCACAUAGUGAAGGUUGAUUUAUUGAAGAGGGAAGAAAAAAUUCAAGAAAUCACCCUUAAAAAGAAACAGCAACCUAAAAAACGAGUUGUAAGAAUAACUAGUAAUUCAUCAUCAAAGGGCAUUUGGAGCACAGAAAUGAGCUAGCUUAAUUAUAGUUUUUUCUCGUCCUUUUUCUGUAGCCUCUUUCAUGUAUAGAAUGUGUGGUUAUUGUUUGUUUGAUUAUAGGAUAGUGCCGUUAGGGAUAGUGUUUUACUGUGUUAUAAUGAGCUUAAUUAUUUUCCACUUUUCCUCUUUAUGUGGACAUUGUCACAUUCUUAUCAUUGUACUAAUUUAUAUUAAUGAGGGAAGCCGGAUGGAUCUGCUGAGAUUA